AUGAACACAGUCUGUUCCAUAUGGCGGUUAUACCUGAACGAUAACCAGCUAAAGUCUCUCCCACCCAGAGUGUUUGACAGUCUGACUAAACUCACGAUUCUCCUGCUGUACCUGAGUGAGAAUAAGUUGCAGAGCGUUCCUUACGGGGUUUUCGACAGCCUCACCAAUCUGCAGACCAUGUUUCUUCAUGACAAUCAGCUGCAGAGUAUUCCUGAAGGAGCGUUUGAUACACUCACCAACCUGCAAACGCUGUACCUGCGUACCAAUCAGCUGCAGAGUAUUCCAGCAGGAGUCUUUGAUAAGCUCACAAACCUCAACAGGCUGGACCUGGUUACGAAUCAACUGCAGAGUAUUCCCAAAGGAGCGUUUGAUAAGCUGACCAAGCUGGAAAGGCUGCACCUGCAAAACAAUAAGCUACAGAGCGUUCCUGACGGGGAGGCGAACGCACGAACGAGGCCUCCGGUCAACCAACCCGCGUGAGCCACGCGAUGUGGAGACGCCUUUAGUCGUCACGUCACAACAGUGCUGUCAUGACGUGCCUGAAGUGUCUGAAUUGUUCAUUAUGUAACAACGCUUCGAACUCGUGUCGACCAGCGAGGGACA